AUGGCCUUGGUCAUCAUCGUUGAUGCCUACUGCAUUUGCAACGAUAUUGAUUCGCGAGCGGCACAGACCAAAUCGCCAUCUGGGCUAUUGCUUGUCUCCUAUCUUUGCCUGUCUCUGUACACCAUUGAGCUGGCUUUGAACCUGCUGCUCAAUGGACGACAGGUGCUGCGGCAGAACCUGAUUCGCCUGGACUUGUUUCUGGUCUUGUGCGGCUACACGGAACUCCUUUCCGACUUGUUGAUGCCCAGCAGCGCCAUCACCAGCCUGAGCCUCCUCAGGAUCUUACGCUUGGUGAGGGUCUUUCGAUUGCUGAAGCUCCUGCGGAACGUGAGGGCCUUGAGAGAACUUUCGAAGCUGGUGAAGAUGAUGUCCACUUGCAUGAAGGCGCUUUUUUGGUCCUUUUGCUUCUGCUUCAUGGUCAUGACAGUGUGGGCCAUGCUGAUCGUAGAAGUUGUACAUCCGCUGGUGAAAGACCUGGAGGGAAUGAACGAGGAGUGCGCUCGAUGGACAUCCUCGGUCAUGGAGGCCAACUUGCUCUUGACGGUGAUCGCCGGCGAUAGCUGGGGAGAGAUCGCCGUCCCGGUGAUCGAAGCGCAUCCCUCCACGGCGCUGAUCUUCGUCGGGGCAUACUUGACCAUCGUCUUUGGGGUGUUGAACCUCAUCGUCGCGGUGGUGGUGCCUUGGGAAAACGACGAAGAACAGAAUGGCCAGAAUGGGC